UCGACGCUCUCAGCGGCCUCUGUCCCGGGCUGCUUCCGGUAAACCCGCAGGGCACGAGCCCUCUUCACGCUGACGUCAGCUCCUCUGAUGCGUUUAAACCGUUUUACAACCGGUGGGAGGAUUCGGCUCCUUCCUCGACUCCUGUGGACCGAGCGAACUUACCUGUGGAGCGGGGCGCGAGCUGCUUCAACAUGGCUUCUUCCGCCACAGGUGACUUCGAGGAGCAGACGGACGUGAAUGCCUGUUAUCUGCGAUCCGCUCGGGCCGGGAACCUCGAGAAAGCUUUGGACUACCUGAAGAAUGGAGUCGACAUCAAUAUUUGCAACCAGAACGGUCUCAAUGCUCUCCAUCUGGCCUCCAAGGAGGGUCAUGUGGAGGUGGUGGCGGAGCUCAUCAAGCACGGCGCCAACGUGGACGCUGCGACCAAGAAAGGAAACACAGCCCUCCACAUCGCCUCCCUCGCUGGGCAGAUGGACGUGGUGAAGGAGCUCGUCACCCACACCGCCAACGUCAAUGCACAGUCUCAGAACGGCUUCACUCCGCUGUACAUGGCGGCGCAGGAGAACCACAUGGACGUAGUGCAGUUCUUGCUGGACCACGGCUCCAGUCAGAGUAUCGCCACGGAGGACGGCUUCACUCCGCUGGCAGUGGCGUUGCAGCAGGGCCACGACCAGGUGGUUUCCCUCCUGCUGGAAAACGACACCAAAGGGAAGGUCCGCCUCCCGGCGCUGCACAUCGCCGCACGGAAAGACGACACCAAGGCGGCCGCGCUCCUCCUCCAGAGUGACCACAACGCCGACGUGGAGUCCAAGAUGAUGGUGAAUAGAGCAACAGAGAGCGGGUUCACUCCUCUCCACAUCGCGGCUCACUACGGCAACAUCAACGUAGCAACACUUCUGCUGAACAGAGGGGCGGCGGUGGACUUCAAGGCAAGGAACGACAUCACGCCGCUGCACGUCGCGUCCAAACGUGGGAACGGCAACAUGGUGCGAAUGCUGCUGGAGAGAGGGGGCAAGAUAGAUGCCCGGACCAAAGACGGCCUGACGCCUCUCCACUGUGGAGCCAGGAGCGGUCAUGAGCAGGUGGUGGAGAUGCUGCUGGACCGAGGAGCUCCAAUACUGUCCAAGACGAAGAACGGCUUGUCUCCGCUCCACAUGGCGACGCAGGGCGACCACCUCAACUGCGUCCAGCUGCUGCUGCACCACGAGGUUCCCGUGGACGACGUAACCAACGACUACCUGACGGCGCUGCACGUGGCCGCCCACUGCGGGCACUACAAGGUGGCGAAGGUCAUCGUGGACAAGAAGGCCAACCCCAACGCCAAGGCACUGAAUGGUUUCACCCCCCUGCACAUCGCCUGUAAGAAGAACAGAGUCAAGGUGAUGGAGCUUCUCCUCAAGCAUGGGGCGUCGAUACAGGCAGUCACUGAGUCCGGUCUGACGCCGAUCCACGUCGCAGCGUUCAUGGGACACGACAACAUCGUGCACCAGCUGAUCAACCACGGCGCUUCACCCAACACGAGCAACGUGAGGGGGGAGACGGCGCUCCACAUGGCAGCGAGGGCCGGACAGUCGAAUGUGGUGCGAUAUCUGAUCCAGAAUGGAGCCCGAGUGGACGCCAAAGCCAAGGACGACCAGACUCCGCUGCACAUCUCGAGCCGUCUCGGUAAGCAAGACAUCGUCGCCCAGCUGCUGUCGAGCGGAGCGUUCCCCGACGCCACGACCAACUCCGGAUACACGCCUCUCCACCUGGCGGCCAGGGAGGGCCACCGAGACGUGGCCUCCACGCUGCUGGAUCAGGGAGCCAGUCUGGCCAUUAUCACCAAGAAGGGCUUCACUCCUUUGCACGUGGCGGCAAAGUACGGGAAGAUCGAGGUCGCCAACCUGCUGCUGCAGAAGAGCGCUCCGUCGGACGCCGCCGGGAAGAGUGGACUAACUCCACUGCAUGUGGCAGCACACUAUGAUAACCAGAAGGUGGCGCUGCUCCUGCUUAACCAGGGAGCUUCACCGCAUGCAGCCGCAAAGAACGGUUACACGCCCCUCCACAUUGCAGCGAAGAAGAACCAGAUGGAGAUCACCACCACCCUCCUGGAGUACGGCGCCUCCACCAACACCGUGACGCGCCAGGGCAUCACCCCGCUGCACCUCGCGGCGCAGGAAGGCAACGUGGACAUCGUGACGCUGCUGCUGGCUCGAGACGCCCCGAUAAACAUGAGCAAUAAGUCCGGUCUGACUCCGCUCCACUUGGCCGCCCAGGAGGAUAAAGUCAAUGUUGCUGAGGUCUUCGUCAACCAGGGAGCUACCAUAGACCCCGAAACCAAGCUGGGAUACAGUCCUCUCCAUGUGGCCUGUCACUAUGGCAACGUGAAGAUGGUGAACUUCCUGCUGAAGAAUCAGGCGAAGGUCAACGCUAAGACCAAGAACGGUUACACACCUCUCCAUCAGGCUGCACAGCAGGGACACACACACAUCAUCAACUUGCUGCUACAGUUUGGAGCAUCGCCCAAUGAACUCACAACUAAUGGGAACAGCGCCCUGUCCAUCGCCAGGAGGCUCGGCUACAUCUCCGUAGUUGACACACUCAAAGUGGUCACCGAGGAAACUCUGACCACGAAGACUGUGACAGAGAAGCACAAGAUGAACGUUCCAGAGACCAUCAACGAGGUGCUGGACAUGUCCGAUGAUGAAGUCUUUAAAGCCAAUGUCCCCGAAAUGAUCACAGAGGACUAUAUUUCUGAUGUGGAAGAAGGUGACGACGCCAUGACGGGGGACACGGACAAGUAUCUGGCCCCCCAGGACCUGCGGGAGCUGGGGGACGACUCGCUCCCUCAGGAGGGCUACAUGGGCUUCAGCGUCGGGGCGCGGUCACAGAGCCUGCGUUCCUUCAGUUCUGAUAGGUCCAACACGCUGAACCGGAGCUCGUUCACACGGGACAGCAUGAUGAUAGAGGAGAUGCUGGCCCCCAACAAGGAGACGAUGCUCUGUAAGGACAGGUCUUUCAUUGUAGAGAAACAAAAUAAGCAUUUGGAGGUGGCAAAGGACUUUGACAACGACUCGCUGAGGAGAUACAGCUGGACUGCAGACGCACUGGAUAAUGUCAACUUAGUCUCCUCUCCAGUGCACUCUGGUUUAGCCUCUCCGCUCCCGCAGUACGACAGCAGGUUCCUGGUCAGCUUCAUGGUCGACGCCAGGGGCGGCUCCAUGAGAGGAAGUCGUCACAACGGCAUGCGCAUCAUCAUCCCACCCAGGAAGUGCACGGCGCCCACCAGGAUCACCUGUCGCCUGGUGAAGAGGCACAAGCUGGCCUCGCCUCCCCCGAUGGUCGAAGGAGAAGGCCUGGCCAGCCGGCUGGUGGAGGUCGGUCCGGCGGGAGCUCAGUUCCUCGGGCCUGUGAUAGUGGAGAUCCCUCAUUUUGCCUCGAUGCGCGGCCAGGAGAGAGAGCUGAUCCUGCUGCGCAGCGAGAACGGAGAGUCCUGGAAGGAGCAUAUGUACGACUACAAGGCCGACAACCUCAAUACGCUUCUCAGUGGCAUGGACGAAGAACUGGACAGUGCUGAGGAGCUGAAGAGGAAGAGAAUCUGCCGCAUCAUCACCAAGGACUUCCCACAGUACUUUGCGGUCGUGUCUCGAAUCCGGCAGGAGACGAAUCAUAUGGGACCGGAGGGCGGGACUCUGUGCAGCCGGAGCGUCCCAUUGGUUCAGGCUUCCUUCCCUGAGGGGGCGUUAACCAAGAAGAUCAAAGUUGGACUGCAGGCCCAGCCGGUACCGGACGACAAUGUGAAGAGAAUCCUCGGGAACCGAGCAACUUUCAGCCCCAUCGUUACCGUGGAGCCCCGGAGGAGGAAAUUCCACAAGCCCAUCACCAUGACGAUCCCAAUCCCGCCUCUAUCAGGGGAGGGGCUCACCAACGGCUACAAAGGAGACUGUACUCCGUGUCUCCGCCUUCUCUGUAGUAUAACAGGGGGCACGUCACCGGCACAGUGGGAAGACAUCACUGGCACGACUCCUCUCACCUUCGUCAACGACUGCGUCUCCUUCACCACGAACGUCUCUGCCAGGUUCUGGUUGGCGGACUGCCACCAGAUCCCAGAGACGGUGGGUCUGGCCAUGCAGCUGUACAGGGACCUCAUCUGCGUCCCCUACAUGGCCAAGUUUGUGGUGUUCGCGAAGACCAAUGACCCGGUGGAGUCCAGACUGAGGUGCUUCUGCAUGACGGACGACAAGGUGGAUAAGACCCUGGAGCAGCAGGAGAACUUUGAGGAGGUUGCCAGGAGCAAAGAUAUAGAGGUUCUGGAGGGCAGGCCCGUCUACGUGGACUGCUACGGAAACUUGGCUCCUCUGACGAAAGGUGGUCAGCAGUUGGUUCUCAACUUCUACGCCUUCAAGGAGAAUCGUCUUCCCUUCUGUGUCAAGGUGAGAGAUCCCAGCCAGGAGCCCUGCGGCCGCCUGACGUUCCUGAAGGAGUGUAAGACCAUGAAUGGCCUCCCACAAACCGCCGUGUGCAACCUGAACAUCACACUUCCUCCAGUUAAAAAGGAAAUGGAGUCAGAUGCCGAGGAUGAGACUGAAAAGCCAGAGCGACGCCAUACCUUUGCAUCCCUAGCCUUACGUAAGCGCUACAGCUAUCUGGCCGAGCCUGCACUGAGCCCUCAGAGUCCCUGUGAGAGAACAGACCUCCGUAUGGCCAUAGUAGCCGACCACCUCGGACUCAGCUGGACUGAGCUGGCCAGGGAGCUGGAAUUCUCUGUGGAUGAGAUCAACUUUAUCAGAGUGGAGAACCCCAAUUCCCUGACAGCACAGUGCUUCAUGCUCCUAAAGAAAUGGGUGCACAGGGAUGGUAAAAAUGCCACAACGGAUGCUUUAACUGCGAUGCUGACUAAGAUCAAUCGGUUGGAUAUUGUGACUUUGCUGGAAGGGCCCAUAUUUGACUACGGUAACAUUUCAGGCACACGCUGCUUUGCCGAUGAUAACGCAGUAUUCCCGGAUCAGUCCGAUGGAUACGACACUAUAGAUCUGGAGCUGCGAACCCCCACAGAGCUGAACUACCAGCCCCCCACCCCGCUUCGCUCAGACGACUUCUUUAGCGAGGCCGAUGCGAGCGCAGACUCCCCUAGCAAGGUCCCGCUCACUAGACCUAGCGACCUCUCCCUCACUCAGACCACCAGCACCUCCAGCAGCGACCCCCCCACCGUCGCCCCCGGCCCCGCCUUCAGGGCCCCGCAGCCCCCCAUGGCUGGGGCCGAAGACACAACCCUGAUCGCCGGAGAAAGAGGGAUGCCUAAGGAGGAAGAGACGGGGCUGGAUUAUUCUGAGAGGCCGGAUAACGACAGACGGGCGGUAGAGCAGCUAGGGAAGGGAACAGACGAGCGUGCCGAGGCCUUAGAGAAGGAAACGAGCGCAGGGCAAGGCGUUGGUUUGGAGCGUCAGGGAGAAGAUGCUGCCUCAGACACCGGGCGGCGGGAAGGAGAAGAAGAGGAAGAAGAGGAGGAGAUGACUGCGGAGAGGCUGCAGAGCCUGCUGGAUGACAUAAAGCAGGAGGGAGGCUCGGAGGACGAGGAGAUGACAGAGGAGAGGAUGAAUGCGAUCCUCCAACAACUGCAUCAAGCAGAGAAAGACGUGUGUUCAGUUCCAGACUGGAGAUGCGAGACGUCGGGCGCCAGCGGCCACAGCCCCGGCACCGAGGAGGGCAGCCCCGACAGCCUGGCGGACUCGCCGGAGGCCGACAGACACAACGGAGGUCACGACCACGCAGCGAGCGAAGAGAAGGAGGCCAAGAGGACGAGACCUCAGGAGGACAGCAGCACAGCGGGACCGAGCCGAGGCCGCCAGGAGGCCGGGGAAAGGUCCCAGCACAAAGUCCAGGAGAGCGUUAGAGCCCCCGAGUCCAGCUCCGAUGAGGAGACCACAGUCACCACCAGGGUGUACCGCAGACGGGUCAUCCUCAAGGGUCAGGAGGCCAAGAACAUUCCUGGUGAGUCUGUGACGGAGGAGCAGUUCACAGAUGAAGACGGGAAUCUGGUCACCAGAAAAGUGAUCAGAAAGGUGGUGCGGCGGGGAAAGGCAGAGGAAAGGAGGGAAAAUGAAGGCAAAACUGUUAAAGACGGAUCUGCUGCUUGUGCUGGUGGUGGUGGUGGUGCUGGUGGUGCUGGUGGUGCUGGUGGUGCUGGUGCUUCUUCAGCAGGAGCCCCGGGGGGGAAGGGCAAGAAGAGGGGCAAGCGCUCCCGACAGGGCAACAAGGCGGAGAAGUCCGGCGAAAAAUCUGAGCCGGGAGCCAACGGCAACAAGAAGCAAGGGAAGAAGAGUCAGUCAUAACAGCAGAGCUCUGCACCACCAGGUCCGCUGACGCCCGCCGACACACAAACACGCCCUGGGAGGAGCAACAGGACUGGAGGCCUUCGUCCAUCUGCCCUCUAAAAAACUAACAGCAUCUCGUCUGGAGCUCUUACAAAACGCAUGGUUUCCACCAAAACGACUUUUCUUUGAUUUCGCAUGAGCAUGUCACCAAAACUCACUCGACGUUGGAGCGCAGCGCCCGACUGAAGGGAGCGUGGUGGACGUGAGCCGGCGCUUUCUCAUCUUCCACGAGUACGAAUAAUUAAUAAAAAGGGCGCCUGUGUGACCAAAGAACGGCACAAACGAGGAAAGACGUGCGAGUCACUCGCCUCCCAAAGUAUCGGGGGCGCACCAUGUGGUUGUUUAAAAAAAAAUUUUAAUGAAAUAUAUUAAAUGGGUGAUUUUCUCUUUUUUUCCCCCCUCUUCUUUUUUUUGGGUUUGUAUAUAAAUGACACUGUAUAAAAACAAAAAAUCUUUAAAACAAAAUCACACACACACACAAGAACAAAUUAAUCCGUAGCUUCACAGAUAGUUGAUGCACUGAUUUGAGUUCCAGCUUUGCGGAUUCAGCACGUUUGUCUCGGCGAGGUCGACCGGCUGGAGCCUCGAGGUGCCGCCUGACAUGCUCUCGGACAUCAGAAGUAAAAGGAACAACAAAAACAAAAGCUGAAUGCGAAUGGGAAACGAAGAACAACAACAACAUAAUAAUAAUAACUGCUUGAUUUUAAACGGACGUUUCUUUGACGCCGACCUCUACUUCCGCUCUCGUCCGUGGGAACUUUUGUCUUCAGAGAGAUAAUAUUUUGCUGCAUGUGACGUCACUUUAUUUUUUUUAACGUUUUCCCUUUUCUUCUGGAUUGAAAAAAAAAAAAAAGCACUGUAAUACAAUUAGGAGAGAGAUGGUACUUCUUUCCCUUUGUAAUCAUAAUAACUCAUACUUCUGUCAUCUAUAUCUGUUUUUAAGUUUCAAACACACACAGGAAGUUACUGACCGGCAGACGGGAACAUUGUGUUGUCUCCUAACUGCUAGCAGCCUUGUUUGUGUGUGUGUCAUCAAAUGCAAACGUCUAUCUGUAAGCCCUUAACGCGAACUAGAAGUUUAAGCUUUAAGAUCUGCUGUAAUUCUUAAAAUAAGGGGUACCGGUACUUUUAUUUUUGACGGUUUUGAUGACUUAUCUUCUUUAACAGGUUCUAAUUACAUAAGAACAGGGAAUCUCUUUUUUAGCCCCAUUAUCCAAAUGUUGUUCUUUUUAUUAACGGUUUUUAAAAAUCACAGUAUUGAAUGCACAUUGUUAAAAGAAAACUGAGCUUGUGUGUAUUUUCAUUUCCUUUCAUUUGUCUUUUUCAUACAACACCCCAAGCAUCCAUUGUUGACUCUGGUACCAACAUGUAUGACAAACCAACAUAGCCUACACUGGAUGAUCCAAGCAAUUAUUUAAACAGAAAAAUAAACUGUGUUCAAACUGAA